AUGAAUUUAUCAACAUCGACAUCAUCCGGUACGCUCAUCAUACCGGCUAACAGAAUGACUUCUUCUCUGAGUAAAAAUCUUAUAAACCCAUUGCACAUCGGUGAUGCUUCCCUUCAAAAGUUACGUACAAUUACGACGACACCACUUGUCAAAACCUCGCCUAAUCCAAAACCAACUGUCGUCAUUGUAAAUAAUCAUCUUCCCAUAAAAAAUGAAUCAGCAACACAGCAAACGGUAACUGUCAAUCGUUUACUCUUGUCCAGUAAUAAUUCGAUGGUGAUCAAUGGACAAAACACAAUAACUCUUUCAACAUUAGUGAACAACUUGAACCAAAUCGCUUUGUUACAACAAAACAACCCUACGUCACAACAGAACAGCAUCUCAAAGCUUCUCGAAACGCCUGUCAAUGUGGCUCAGCAGUCGCUUCCACAAAACACAAAUAAAGAAAAUCAAAACGAACAAGUGUUUAAUAAGACGAAAGUCCUGGUCGAUCUGUUGACUUCGUCCAACAUUCAACCACCAUCCAGUUUUGGCUCGACUUUAAUCGAACCAUCAACCCAAACACCUUAUUCGGAUGCAACGCGAACACGAUCAAAGAAACGUGUUAAUCGAAUCAAACGACCGAUGAACGCAUUCAUGGUCUUCUCUCAACUUGAACGGAGAAAAAUCGUACAAUUAGCACCUGAUAUGCAUAACGCCGAGAUCUCGAAAUACUUAGGUGCGCGAUGGAAACGGCUAACGGAAAUUGAACGCCGACCAUUCGUCGACGAAGCUGAACGGCUGAAAAUGUUACAUCUUCGCGAAUAUCCAGAUUACAAAUACAAACCACGUAAACGUCUAAAGAAAGGUGUUCUACCAAGUAAUUCAUCUGUUCAUAUCGACACAUCGGAUGCCUCAUCUUCGGACACUUGCACUCCAAAACUUGAAGUAAUGCAUGAAGAAAAUGAUUCGUUGCUAAAUGAAAGUUUAUUCGCAAUCGAUGAUCCAUUAUCCCAGCAAGCAUUUGAUCCAAUGUUGUUGGAUGCGUUAGCUUCAGCUGAUCCUCAAACACAAGAAGCAUUUUUCAAUCAACUUCAAGCACUUGGUGAUUUCAAACUAUGGGAUAAUCUGGAUCUAUCAAAUACUGAUCCAACUUUUUGA